UGGGGAAGGUAAAUCACUUUUAGAGCAGAUCGGCGUUUGAGUGAGAUUUAAUUUACUUCACAGCGUGUAAAGACAUUAAAAUCUAACCAGUGAUGCUUAAAUACGGACUAUUAACACAGCGUUACAUCUGAGGAGAAACUUAAAUAGCACGAGACCAGGGCGCGUGCGCAUGCGCACGACGCUUCCGGUCACCUGCUGAUCUUGGUUUCUGGGGAGGGUAAUUCACUUUUAGAGCAGGUCUGCAGUUGAGUGAGGUUUAAUUUAUUUCACAGCGUUGAAAGACAUAAAAUCUAACUAGUGUCUUUAGUCAUGACGCCAGAAGGAUGGAAAUUAACGAAUGUUAUAAUUUUGGGAUUUGCUUUUAUGUUCGUUUUCACUGCGUUUCAAACUUGCGGUAAUAUUGAGCAAACCGUCAUCAAGAGUAUCAAUAGCACUCGGUUUCAUGGAAGUGGCUAUACCAGUUUGGCCAUAAUUUAUACUGUGUUUUCUGCUUCCAAUUUGUUGACUCCAUCAAUUGUUGCUCUUUUGGGAUAUCGACUUUCCAUGUUCCUUUCUGGAUUAGUGUACAGUGCUUAUAUUGCAGUUUUCAUUGAGCCAUUCACAUGGUCCUUUUACUUGGCUUCAGUCGUCAUUGGGGUAGCAGCUGCAGUGUUAUGGACAGCACAAGGCAAUUGUUUGACAAUUAAUUCAGAUGAAAAUACAAUUGGAAGAAACAGUGGAAUAUUUUGGGCUUUGUUGCAAUUUAGUCUUUUAUUUGGAAAUCUGUACAUUUAUUUAGCAUGGAAAGGAGAAAAGCAUAUUUCAGAUUAUGACCGCAAGACUGUUUAUACUGCACUCGCUGUAAUUAGUUUGGUGGGAAGUGUCCUGUUCAUUCUUAUAAGGAAACCUGACUCAGAGCCUCAGUCAACAGAAAAUGAAAUAUCUGAUGAUGAGCCUGAAAUUACAUUAAGGACUGAAGGACGUUCAUCCCAAGCAGUAGCUGCAUUCAAGAGUGCAAUCAAUAUAUUUUUUACCAAGGAUAUGCUGCUUCUAAGUGUUUGCAUUGCCUACACAGGUUUUGAGCUAACGUUUUUGAGUGGGGUAUAUGGCACAUGCCUGGGGGCGACAAAUCACUUUGGGGAUGAAGCCAAAAGUCUGAUUGGUUUAAAUGGCAUCUUCACUGGCGUUGGAGAGGUUGUAGGUGGAGCAACAUUUGGUUUAUUGAACAAAUUCCUCAGCAGAUAUCUUGGCAUUGGCAGAAAUCCUGUAGUUCUUCUGGGUUUAUCAUUUCAUAUUCUAACCUUCUAUCUCAUUUUCCUAAAUGUGCCAAAUGAUGCACCAGUGGUUCCUGAUGCAGGGACAAGUGAAGCUGCUUAUAUAAUUCCAAGCAAAGUUAUUGCGAUAGCGUGCAGUUUUCUUCUGGGACUAGGAGACAGCUGCUUCAACACACAACUCCUCAGUAUUCUGGGAUUUAUGUACGCCCAAGAAAGUGCUCCUGCAUUUGCUAUCUUCAAAUUUGUGCAAUCCAUCAGUGCAGCAAUUGCAUUUGGCUACAGCAAUUAUCUAAUGCUCCAGUGGCAGCUACUUAUCCUUUGCCUGACUGCAUUCUUCGGUACUGUCUCCUUCAUCCUUGUGGAGUGGAAGGCAAAAGCAAAUUUCCAAGGUCACAGUUAUGAGCGCAUUUAAUGAAGAAGCCAUCUUUUUGAAAUAAAAGUAGUCUAAAUUUUUAAGUUCUAUUUUGAUUCUUGAACUCAUCUGUUAAUGUAACUUGAGCAUUUUAGUUUUCCUGUGCAAACUUUUUCAAAACUUUUUCAAAUAUUAGUGUAAUUUAAGGAUCUAACUGGAGAACCUAAUAAUUUCUAUUGGCUUUAACUUAAGGCUUUACACUUGUAUACUAUGUUGGGAAAACAAUUUUGCUCAACUUAAAACCAUGCACUCAAGAAAUAUUCUGAUUGAAACAAAUCUGAAUAUUCUAAAAAAUAUUUAGCUGCUCUCCAGGGAAUGCUGUUUUAAGCAUUUCCCUGGUAGUAUCCAUGAGCAUUAUUCAGAACCAAGAUUUCUUGCAAAGUCGACUUGUUACUUAAUAGGCAACAAUCAGAUUUCAUUAAAAUAGGCAUACUUUUGUUUAUGACUCAGAUAUUUGAGACAUUUCCAGUAUUUUUGAAUAAGGGUAAAAGGGCCUGUUCCUGUUCUCAGACUUGAGUCACUUGUUUAGAAACUAAAGGUUAGAAAGUUGCUAUUUCACCAAAUGAUACUUUAAUUGGUAUUGUUAGCUGUUCAGAAUUUAUUUUGGGAAGGUGUAUUUCAAUGAUAUCAUUCGUAACUGAUUAUGACUAAUCUGACUAUUUUACUAAUUUUCAUUAGUGUUGGUGAUUUAUAUAUUGAAAACACUAUUUAAAUGGCUGUUAUUUUUUACUUAUAGUCAGCUUUUAAUUACUAAUAAUUUAGCCACAGAAUUUAUGCUUUUUGUUGUAUAUUUGUCGAUUUCUUCAAAAAUUGAGCAUUUGAAAGGCUACAGGUUUAUCAGUAAUGACUGUAAUGUAGAAUUUUAAAAGGAAAUGUUUCAAGCGAGAAGGGACUGUAUUACAUGUUUUUACUUAACAGUCUCACACUUUUAGAAUUAUUUGGCAAUUGUAUUAUUGAGUAUAUUUUUGAUCCCAUUUUUAACAAUUUGUUUUUAUAGCUAUAGUCACUGUGGACACCAAAGCAAAAUGCAGAAGUAUUUUGAUCUCUAUAAAAGGGGAAGCAUUCUUCCCUACUUAACGAACGUCAAGUUUUUUCUUAAAGUCUUCUGCAAUGAUUUAGAUGAUAGCAAUAUGUUGUAACUCAGUGAUAGCACCCUUAAUAUUGAAACACGUGGUGGGUUCAAGUUCCAUUCCAGAAUGAGACGAAGCUCCAAUGGUAGUCAGCUUUACUUGUUCCUCAGGGUGGGUGUAAUAGAAUCCAUGUACUACGUCAAAGAAAGGUGGGACAGUCUUCUGGUGCUUUGGUCAUCAUUAAUCUUUUGACUAAAACCAUAUCUAAUAACAGAUCAUGUAGUCAUUUUGGGGGAAAUGCUGGAAUCCAUUAUUAUGGAAGAGCUAACAAGGUAUUUAAAUUAUGAAGGGUCUCGGCCCGAAAUAUCGACUGUUUACUCUUUUCCAAAGAUGCUGCCUGACGUGCUGAGUUCCUCCAGCAUUUUGUGUGUGUUACUUUGGAUUUCCAGCAUCUGCAGAUUUUCUCAUGUUUGAGGGGGAGUUAAAUUUAUAGCAUUGAGCAGAGUCACCAGGCAUUGUGAAAAACACAUUGUAGCUGAAAGGAUAACUGCCUAACUAGUGUAUCUAGAUUUCCAACCAGCCUUUCAAAAGGUUAGUAAACAAAGUUGGAGUAUUUAAGAUUGGGGAAGAAUGCUGGAGGGGGUUGACAGUAGAUUCAUCAAAAGAAAAAAAACCAUUGGAACACCGGAGUCAUUUUUGGGAGGCUGUGAGUAGUGGGUGCUGCGGUCCCAGCUGUUGCCAUAUAAUUCAUUGAUUUGGAUGUUUGGUCCAAGUGUAACAUGUCUAGUUUUGCUGAUAUAAAUCUGAAAGGAAGUAUGACGAAGAUAUGGAGAAACAUGAGAGAGAUGUCGAUGAGCUCUAUAAGGAUGUCGCAGAUGGAUUAUAUAAUGAAAUCUGACAUCAGCCACUUUUACAGGUUAAACACUGUUGGUGUGCAGAGGGAUUUGGGUGUCCUUGAGUAGUUCUGAAUGCAAAUGAUAUAUUGGGUUUUAUUGCCAAAGAAUUUGAAUACAAUAUAAUUAUAUUGCACCCUGGUAAUACCACACCUUCAAUAUUGGGUACAGUUUGGUCUAACUGAAAGGUUAAUUCCUUCAUAUUUUCAACUAUGCAAUUUUGGUAUGUAUCAAUUGAAUGACCUGAAAUUAUUUGUGAAUAUCAUGUACAUGUUGAGAUUUGGCCUCAUUGUCUUUUAUGUCUGUACAUCAGUCUAUCUGCGCACACUGGACAUUGUCUUCAAUUUAUAGAGUCUUGUGUACUAAGUUGUUUGGAUUGUGAUUCACAUCCCUUGUUGCAGCUGGUGUUUCAUUGAAUAAAUUAAGUAACUUUAUUUUUUCUUAUUGAAGAUCUGUAUUAUAGUACAUUUCUUUUAAUGCAUUGUUUAUUGAUUAAAUUAUUAAGACUACAAACAAAAACAGAAGUGAAAGUGAACCUCGUGGAGAUUAAUAGGCUGAAACUCUAAUUUUAAUACUCGAAGAAGGAAUAUGAAAAGUGAAUUUGGUGCUAUUCCAAAAUGCUGAUUGUUCCUGCUGAUUUAUGGCAAGAUUUGCAAGGGAUGAUUUUUGUGUGAUUGGCAAGAAAGUUGAGCAUAACCUGCAUCAAUUCUACCAAGAUCAGUUUGUGUUGAGAUACAGAAGUUGAAAAUGUGACUAAACAAAGAUCUGUGGAGAAUUAAUAGAUCGAAUAUGAUAAAAUCUAGUAUAAUUAGCUCUGGAAACAUUGUUCAACUGCGAACAAAGUUUACUAUGAUUUUUUUGUAUUUAGUGCUAUUUCAAUUGCACUGUACAAAAUGGUUCUUGGACUAAAUUAGAAUUUCUAUAUUUGAGUUUCCAUUAAUCCCAGAAUAUUGCCCAGUAAAGGCUGUUGUACAUUUAACAACCUUAUCAUUCAACAUGAUUGCAUCAACUCUCUUCCAAUUCGAUUAUUGAAAUGUCAGAACUAAUGCAUCAUUGGAAUUGCUUUCUGAUGCUUUGGUUUCUCUCAUUUAGUUGUAUUAAAUUAAAAUAUCCAACUUUUAUUGGCUUUGAAUUAGCUUUGUUCUGCAUAUCUUGUCCAAUGACAUCAGGCGUGGUUAAAGUCACAGAGAUUCUUUGGAGUUGUGGGGAGGGUGGUGGUUUUGAUAAGGAACUAUGUUGCCUAAUCCUUUUAAUCAAAGGACUCCUGCUGAAUGCAUUUUAAUGGGGAAAUUGGCUCAAACUGUGCUUCAAAGUGCUAAUUUGGGAACAAAAGGGAUCUUCUGCUAUUGGACCAAGCACAUUUUUAGCAUAAUUUGGGCAAAGUGCUUGCUAUUUAAAAUUAUGCUGCUAGUUUAAGAAUCUUCUAUCUGUAAGUCACUAAUUUAUCCAGAUGUCAUGCAGGAAAAAAUAUGUAAAUAUUGUGCUAUAUAUUUGAUCUUUUGCAUUACAACAUAUGACAUGGUUUAAAAAGAAUAAUUAAUUUAUUUCUUUUGCCUGUGUGAGUAGAACAUUUUUGAAUUGGUUAUUAUACCUUUGUCAGAAAUGUACUAAGCAUUUGAGAUAAAUUGAGUAAUAGGACAUACAGUCUACAUUUUCAAGUAAAAUGUAUCUAUAACCAUUCCACACCAAACUGCAGGUUAUUGUGGUCCAUUGUGACUUUUGUAUCAAAGUGUGCAAUAUUUACAGUAAUUUUAUAUAAUAAAGCAAUUGAACUUCAUGAAUUGUUCUGUAUUAAUGUUUAAUAUAUAUUAAUUUGACUGUAAUUAUCUGUAAACCACUAAGAAAUGAAUAAUGCAUUUUAUCAAUUAACCAAAUUCUUGUCAACAGGGCAAUAUAAUUAAAACUUGCAGCAAUUGGCUGGCUCCUUCAUUAUUUGCACAAAUUAUGUCAUGGAACGUAUGAGACUUCGUCACUAGUAAAAGUCAAAUAUUAAUGAAAAUUCUUUGAAUCUCAAAACACUGUUGGCACAGAAGUAAUGUUGCAUUAAUUAUUCAGAGAAAAUUGCAUUUUAGGAAGGACAUGAAAUGGAUGCCAUGCAAAUAUUGCAGAUAUUGAUUGUAACAUCCCAAAUAAAUAUGA